GAUUGGCUGCGGCGCCGCUCGGUCCCGCCCGCGGCAGCAGGGUUUGGUUGAGCGCUGUUUGUGCGCUCGGGGCCGCGCCGGGAGCCACCGGAGGAGAGCCGAGGGGUCGGAGCCUUCCAAGCUCUGCAGUGGGUCCGGCAGCACCGGGGCCAUGACGAGCCGCGGGGCCGCCAGGCCCAACGGGCAGUCCCAGGCCAGUAAGAUCUGCCAGUUCAAACUGGUGCUGCUGGGAGAGUCGGCCGUGGGCAAGUCCAGCCUGGUGCUGCGCUUCGUGAAGGGGCAGUUCCACGAGUACCAGGAGAGCACCAUCGGGGCGGCAUUCCUGACCCAGUCCGUGUGCCUGGACGACACGACGGUGAAGUUCGAGAUCUGGGACACGGCGGGGCAGGAGCGGUACCACAGCCUGGCCCCCAUGUACUACCGGGGAGCCCAGGCCGCCAUCGUGGUCUACGACAUCACCAACCAGGAAACGUUCGCGCGGGCGAAGACAUGGGUGAAGGAGCUGCAGAGACAAGCCAGCCCCAGCAUCGUCAUUGCCCUGGCCGGCAACAAGGCCGACCUGGCCAGCAAACGCAUGGUGGAGUAUGAGGAGGCGCAGGCCUACGCCGACGACAACAGCCUCUUGUUCAUGGAGACGUCGGCCAAGACAGCCAUGAAUGUGAACGACCUCUUCCUGGCCAUCGCCAAGAAGCUGCCAAAGAACGAGCCCCAGAGCACGAGCGGCGCCGGGGGCCGGAGCCGGGGCGUGGACCUGCACGAGCAGAGCCAGCAGAACAGGAGCCAGUGCUGUAGCAACUGAGCCAAGAUCCCACCUCCAUCCCCGUCCACGCCGCACCUCCACCCCGGCACCGAGACCCCCCGACCAGGACCCUCCCAGAGCUCCUCUAACUGCACUUUUUAAUGCUUCGAAGCCACCACUCGGCACCCGAUCCCACCUGGCACCCGAUCCCACCUGGCACCCGAUCCCACCUGGCACCUGAUCCCACCGGCUCCCCAUCCCACCACACCCCACCCACCACCCCGGAGGCAGCGGAGCCAGAUCAGCUGGGACUUAACUUCUGAGAAACAACGAACUCUUCUUCACUUUGUAUUAUAGGUGCAAAUAGCGCCCUAACGCUCGGAUUCCUCCCUCCAUCCCCCCCUCUGCCCCUCCCUCUCUGCUUUGGGAAAUCUGGGUUCCCCAAACUGCCCCCUCCUGCCCCCACCCCGCCGGGGGGGGUCCCCGGGGGGCGGCAGCACCGACCUCGUUGUGCUGAACCGGCCGGAACCAGAGCCCUCCGGAGCCGACGGGGCUUUUCCACGGGGUCUGUCACGGAUUUCUUCGGAAUUUUUAUUAUUUUCUCCCCCAUCCUCUAUCCCGUUGGGCUGUCGGGGAGAGGGAAGCUGCAGUGUCCUUCAUUUCUUCCGAGGUGGCCUUUUUGAUGGGAGAUUGGAAGUGCCUGGGGACUUUUUUUUGGGGGGGGGGGCAGUGGGCUCCUGCUGGACCCUGAGUGCCACAGGCGACCCCUCCCCAGCGCCCACCCUGGCUCUGCUCUCUUAUGGCUCUGGGGGCACGUCCCCAUGGUCACCCCGGCUGUGGCCACCCCACAGUGGUGUCCCCUUGGUCACCCCGGCUGUGGCCACCAUGUCCCCUGGUGACCCCGGCUGUGGUGGCCGCCCAGGUGCCCGCAGUGAUCCCACCCCACAGGUGACACCCCCCCAGUGAUGCUGGUGGCCGCCCCACAGGUGAUCCCAGCUGGGGCUGCCCCACGGGCGAUGUCCCCCCGCUGAUCCCGACCCGGUGACCUCUGCCACGGCCACCCCCCGGGCUGUCCCCUGCUCCUGGUGAUCCCAACCCACAUCCACGUCCCCCCCGGUGCUCCCACCGACCUCCACGGUUUGUCCCGGUCCUGGUUUGCACUUUAGUGGUGAAAUGUCCUGUUGAGACUCACCUCGGUUCUGUUCGUGUGUCCGGGGGGUGCCGGGGGGGCAGCGGUGCCACCACCCCCCCCUCGUCCCUCUGCUUUUCCCUGCGGAACUUCUGGAGCCGGAGGGACCCUCGGUGGUGGGGUGGGACAGGCGAGGUCCCCCGUCCCAGGUGCUGCCACACCCCAAAAUGUGGACACCCCAAAUCAGGGGCACCCCGAGCUGGCAGCACCACCCGGGCCUGGCUCCCUGCUGGCAGCGUGGGGGGCUCUGGGGACCCCUCAGGGGAACCGGGGGGGCCGUGGCUGUGGGGCAGAGGGACCAGUCUCAUAUGAAGCCCCCCAGCGCGGGGGCAGAGCCCACAGGAUUUCAGCCCCUCCCGCUGCCGGGGCAGCCCCCCAGGGACCCUCUGGCCGCCGUUCUGGUGCUCCCAGUGCCUCAUGUCACGGCCUGGGAGCCCCCCCGAGUGGGUGACACGUAUUUAACAAGGGCUGGGGACCCCAGACCCCCUCCCCAUCUUCUCGCCCAAACCCUGGACCAAAUGAGGGACACUGCAGCUUCUCUCACUCUUUUUUUUUUCUCUUUUUUUUCUGCUUUUUCUCUUAUUAUUGUUAUUAUUUUUGCUUUGGGAAAGCUCCUCCAUCGCAGUGAAAUAACAAUCGUGGUAACAGAACUCGGCCGCUAAUUUACCGAUGUAUUUAAUGUAAGUAAAACCAAACCGAACAACAAAAA